UCCACGUGUCAAGGUCACCCCAGGUUAUAAAGAAGAGCAGUGUGCCCCUGCUCUCAGCCUGGAGAUGAAGAGACCCAUCGAUCUGGAGGCUCCCAUCACCAGUAUUAAGUCUCUUCAGGAGGACUUGUUGGUGUCUACAGCUGAUGGCUACCUCCACAUCCUCCACUGGGACGGAGUCAGCAAUGGCCGGAAGGCGAUCAGUCUCUGCACCGUCCCCUUCUCCCUGGACCUUCAGUCAGCGCGCGGUGGUCCGUCUCUGGACCUGGAGGGGCUGCACAUCACAGACAUGGAGUACUGUGUGACUCUGGAUGGCUUUGCUGUGGUGCUUGACGACGGGAGGCUGGGAUUCAUCAGUCCUGUAGCCAGCAGGUUUACUGCAGAACUGCAGGGCGUCUGGGCAGCAGACGUAACAGACGGCACAUGUGUGGCGGUCAACAAUAAGUACAGGCUGAUGGCGUUUGGUUGUGCCAGUGGCUCAGUAUUGGUGUACAUGAUUGACACCACUACAGGAUCCAUGCAGCUCUCCCACAAGCUGGAGCUCACCCCAAAACACUUCCCCGACGUCUGGAACAAGACGGGGGCGGUGACGCUGAUCCGCUGGUCCCCCGACUACAGCGUUGCCAUGGUGACCUGGGAGUGCGGCGGGCUGUCUUUGUGGAGUGUGUUCGGCGCCCACCUCAUCUGUACGCUCGGGGAGGACUUUGCGUAUCGGUCAGACGGCACUAAGAAGGAUCCUAUACAGAUCAGCUCUAUGUGCUGGGGAGCGGAAGGCUACCACCUGUGGGUCAUCACCAGUAAAGAAGAAGCAGCGCUUGUAGAGAACAUGGAGGAGGCUCCACCUCCUACCCAGACCAAGCAGGCGGGCAUACUGCAGUUCCACUUCAUCAAAAGCGCCCUGACCGUUAACCCCUGCACGAGUAACCAGGAGCAGGUUUUACUACACGGGGAAGACCGUCUGUACCUGACCUGUGGUGACCCCACCCAGGUCCCAUCCAGCAGCUCAGAUGGCCCUCACACCCCUCACCCCCAUAAYCUCGCCCAUGGCCUGGAGGGCAGCCCCCUUCACCACCGCUCCGCCCCCUCGCCCAACGCCAUCUCUCAGGGACUCAGCACUUUACUGGGACACAAGCACUGGCACGUGGUCCAGAUUCACAGCACAUACCUAGAGAGCAAUUGGCCUAUACGGUUUGCAGCCAUAGACACAGCAGGCCAGUGCAUAGCGGUAGCAGGGAGACGUGGAUUUGCACAUUACUCCAUGUCCUCCAGGAAAUGGAAGCUGUUUGGGAACAUCACUCAGGAGCAGAACAUGACCGUGACAGGGGGGYUGGCCUGGUGGAAGGACUUUGUCGUUGUUGCGUGUUACAAUUUCAUCGACCGGCAAGAAGAGCUGCGUCUGUACCUCCGGUCGUCCAACCUGGACAAUGCCUUCGCCUCCGUCACCAAGCUGCACUCUGACACUCUGCUGCUCAACGUGUUCAGAGACCUGAUCGUCCUCUUCAGAGCAGACUGCUCCAUCUGCCUCUACAGCAUCGAGAGGAGRCACGACGGGCCCAACCCGUCAGCCUGUGUUGAGCUGCUUCAGGAGGUGUCCAUGUCCCGCUACAUCCCCCAUCCCGCCCUGGUUGUGUCUGUCACUCUCACCUCGGUACGCACAGAGACCGGCAUGGCGCUUAAAGCCCCACAGCAGGCCUGUAUGGCAGAGAGCAUCAUGCUGAACCUGGCUGGCCAACUCAUCAUGCUACAGAGAGACCGYUCUGGACCACAGGUACGAGAGAAGGAAGACCAGAAGAAACUGCUGCAGUUCUGUCCUCCCGUGGUUCUGGCUCAGUGUGUAGAGAACGUGUGGACGACGUGUCGCAGUAACAAGAAGAAGCGCCACCUGCUGGAGGCUCUGUGGCUGUCCUGUGGCGAGGCCGGAAUGAAGGUGUGGCUGCCCCUGUUCCCGCGGGACCACCGAAAGCCCCACUCGUUCCUGUCCCGGCGCAUCAUGCUCCCCUUCCACAUCAACAUCUACCCCCUGGCCGUGCUGUUUGAAGACGCCCUGGUGCUGGGGGCAUCUAAUGAGACCGUGCUCUACGACGGCCUGCAGGGUCCCAGAGAGGGCCGGGAGCCUCUUGAGGUGAUGUUCCCUUACUGCACGGUGGAGAGGACCUCCCAGAUCUACCUCCACCACAUCCUGCGCCAGCUACUCGUGCGUAACCUGGGAGAGCAGGCUCUGCUCCUGGCCCAGUCCUGCGCAGCRCUCCCCUACUUCCCCCACGUCAUGGAGCUCAUGGUCCACGUGGUGCUGGAGGAGGAGGCCACAUCCCGGGAGCCCAUCCCCGACCCGCUGCUGCCCACCGUGGCCAAGUUCAUCACCGAGUUCCCCCUGUUCCUCCAGACCAUCGUGCACUGCGCCAGGAAGACGGAGUACGCCCUGUGGAACUACCUGUUUGCUGCCGUGGGCAACCCCAAGGAUCUGUUUGAGGAAUGUCUGAUGGCUCAGGACCUGGACACAGCAGCAUCCUAUCUCAUCAUACUGCAGAACAUGGAGGUUCCGGCGGUGAGCCGGCAGCACGCUACACUGCUCUUCAACACGGCUCUGGAGCAGGGCAAGUGGGACCUCUGUCGUCACAUGAUCCGAUUCCUCAAGGCCAUUGGCUCUGGGGAGAUGGAGACCCCGCCUCCAACACCAACCACUCAGGAACCCAGUUCGACGGGAGGCUUCGAGUUCUUCAGGAACCGCAGCAUCAGUCUGUCCCAGUCAGCUGACAGCAUCCCCGCUGGRAAGUUUAACCUACAGAAGACCUUUAGCAUGCCUUCUGGGCCCUCCACUAAAGGGUCUGAGCGAUGGAGUAAGGACAGUGACUGUGCUGAGAACAUGUACAUAGACAUGAUGUUAUGGCGUCACGCCCGACACCUCCUGGAGCAGGUCCGCCUCAAAGACCUCGGCUGUUUCUCCGCCCAGCUGGGCUUCGAGYUGAUUGGCUGGCUGUGCCGYGAGCGCACGCGGGUGGCGCGGGUCGAUGACUUUGUCAUGGCGCUGAAGUGUCUCCACAAGGACUUCCUGUGGCCGUUUCCUGUCAUCCCAGCAUGCUCGAUCAGCUCGCCCUUCAAGAACGGACACCGCAAGACGGUGYUGAGCCAGCGGCUGCUAAAGUCCCAGUCAGCAGACAGCCUGUUGAACAGUGACAUGGACACAGCGCCCCCGCAGGCCUCAGCACGCAACAGCAACCACACCUGGCUGGACGGUCUGGGGGCACUGGGGCCGGAGCCUAAAGAGAUGAACACAACCUCAACCCACGGGGGGCCACAGACACAGGAGGCCUUCCUCUCUCCGCUCACUAACAAAACGGAGGAAUGCAGUAUCGGUUCGGCCACAGACCUGACAGAAACCAGCAGCAUGGUGGAUGGAGACUGGACCAUGGUGGAUGAGAACUUCUCCACUCUGAGUCUGACCCAGUCUGAGCUGGAACACAUCUCCAUGGAGCUGGCGAACAAGGGGCCUCACAAGUCCCAGGUCCAGCUACGCUACCUGCUGCAUGUGUUCAUGGAGGCGGGCUGUCUGGAGUGGUGUGUUGUGAUUGGUCUGAUCCUGAGAGAGGCCACGGUCAUCAAGCAGGUGGUCAACUUCCUGGACAGCCCAGAGGUUCCUCCUGAGACCGUCCAAAGUAUCCGCUCCGGCCUGCUGGGAGUCGAUGCGUGGGCCUCCGCAGACUGCCUGGGCUAUAAACCCUUCCUGAACCUGAUCCGGCCCCAGCUGCAGAAGCUGAUAGAGACUGCUGUGGAGCAGGUCCAGCCUGAAGCCUUCCAGCCAGGGGCUUCCAACCCCAACUCCAAGCUGACGGAGCCCCAGCCCGGGUGCCCCAGGGCGGAGGACAGUAGAGGGCCUGCUCCCUUGUGCCUGGCCAUGCCCUUGGAGCCCCCUGGAGGGUUAGUGACAGAGGACGGAGGRGCUCCAGAGGAGCAGGAGGAGCAGGCGGCAGACGAGGGGGCGUAUGACUGCACCCUAUCCUGACGUGCCCUGUCCUGACCUGGGUCGUGUUCAUUAGCCACCAAAACGGAAGAAAAUGGGCUGAAACAGGGAGGGACUACAUAAAACGGGUUUUUUUUGCUACGGUGUGUGUGCCCUAAUGACUACAACCCUGUCCAAACCUCUGACCUUGCUGGGCAGGUGAAGGUGUGUGGUGCGGGUGUGUGAUGGGACACAGGAUGAGGAGGAGGAAGGGGUCCUCAGACUGAAUACUCUGCAUUGUGGGUCUAGAACCAGUUUGUUGGCUGAUGUGGACCCAGAUAUGUUACAUUGACCAUGAGUGUGUGUGUGUGUGUGUGUGUGUGUGAGAGUAUAUGCUUGUUUAUGUGAGGCUUUUGUGUGUUACCAUACUUUGGGUGUAAAACACAAGGAAGCUCUCUAUUUUGUUUCUCUCCUGUCCGCAUACUCACCCAUCCCAGUGCUGGAACAGGGUCUGAGUGAGCGGAGUGGACUGGGCUGCUCCUGUGGUUGAGUGUCAGUAUUAUUCACUUGAUUACGGACUUGAGUCACUGCAAACGACGCUUGCCAGGCCACAGCCAAUUCAUAGCACCCAAACAAAAACAAAGGCUUACCUAAGAUAUCCAUACUGUACGACAGGUGGCUCAAACCUCUACAUUUAUUCUACUAUUUGAUCACAGACCAAGUUUUUGCGGAUGAUGAGUUUGGGCUUGUCKGGCUUUAUUCUGGAAUUAAGCGUUCGAGCACAAGGCAGACAGUUUGUUGCAAUUGAGCUUUUUACCAAAAUGUGCUUUUCAGAUCAGAGAAUUGCUCGCUGUCCGUGUCGUGUGCUCGGCUAGGCUUCGGUGUCCGUCUAGAUAUAAAUGUGUACUGCUCGGCUGGCUUUUCUGUGUGACGUGAGCGGAUUCCCAGUCAGAUCACCGCGACGACUUGUAUAGGGUGAGCACAAUGAACAAAAAGCGUCCGGGAUGUUCUCUCCGACAGACCUGUCAACACAUGAACCUUUAUUGGGAGCCAUUCCACAGAACUGAACAGUUAAACCUUUAUAUAUAUUUUUCACAGUUUGCACAAACGUCUAUUGUACUUUUGUCGCGGAGUUAAGUUCAAGUAUAACUUUGGUACUUUUGGCAAGAAACCGCCCCUGAAAGCAGCCAACUGUGUGCCGGGACAUUUUACGAGAUGCAUGCGUUGUGCAAGGGGAGGUGUCUCAUAUUUUCAUACCUCAUAGUGUACAGUGGAUUUUAAGAUUAUUUUCUGAUACCUUUGUCAAUAAUGUGGUGGUCUUCUUUAGGAAAUGAUGUCCCCUUAUUCCGAUGCUAGACUGUGGCGUGAGAAUGUUCUUGGUCAAGAGCGAAGGCGUGUCUGUGUGUGCGACGAUGACCUGGAUUGAUCAUGUAUGUUGUUGACGAGGGCCUAAUGAGCCCUCAACCGGGGGCGGCAGGUAGCCCCGAGGUCAGAGCGUUGGGCCAGUAAGCGAAAGGUUGCUGGUUUGAAUACCGGAAACCGACAAGGUGAUUAAAAAAAAUAUCUGUUGCCGUGUCCUUGAGUAAGGCCCUUAACCCUAAUUGCUUCUGUUGCGCUGUACGACGGUGACCCUGGCUGUGACCCCACUCCCUGCGGGACACCCGAGAGGAGUUCGGAUAUGCCAACACAAAAUCAUUUCCAUGAAACGAAACUUGUGCAACAGAACAAAUAUAAGCACCCCUCAAAUGAGUUCAACCAAACCGUGACUGACUCCUGAAGGGAGAAUCUAACCAUAUCUGAGGACAAACCAAAUGAUUAUGAUGAUCCUGACCUGCAUCUUCACACACAUACUUGGCUCGAGAAUUGAAACAUUACUGCUCAGUUAAUUGGCUUCGGUCCUGUGGAGGAUCCAAUGGGAAGCAAACCAUAGGAGAAA